GUAUUGGGAAGGUCGUAGAACGUGGUCAUCAAUGGUGAGCGCGAUUCGACAUUUAACACGACACAUUUUGGUGGGAUUUGCAUUUGCUGUAAAACAUUAUCUACGUGAAGAGGAGGGAAACAAAUGCGAAGAUGUUAGACCUUUUAUUUCGGACAUAAAGUCAUCUUUACCGGGAUUUAUAAAUUUGAAGGAACAAGAUGCGGCUGAAAAAAACAAAGUUCAGAAUAAGAAAGACUGGAU